AUCCUCAGUAGAGCCAUUUCCAAGUUGAAAGCUUUGGGAACUGAUAAUUGUUAGGAUAAGAUGAACACAUCAAUUUCUUUUUUCAUGGCUUGGCUCCAUAGAUAAUUUGAUAACACAAACUAAAUCUAUAUUUCAUGGCUGCUUCAACAUCUCCUUCUUUUGCUUCCCCCUUUAUGAGUAGUAGCAAGGCUAGGAACACUCCAGCCACUGUAAUUUUGCUUCAAAUGUGUCACAACUUCCAUGAGGUAAGGCAAGUACAUGCCCAAUUGGUGGUCUCUGGACUGGUAAACCGCCCUCCGAAUGGCGGGAGACUCGUGGAAUCUUACGUGAGAGUGUCACAGACUCAAUAUGCCUUGGCCAUCUUCAACACAAUUCAUUCUCCUGAUGUAUUUGCCUAUAAUACCAUCAUGAGAGGACUGAUGUUGGGUAAGGACCCCUAUAAUUCAUUGUUGAUGUAUGAAAAGCUGUUGAUGAAUGGACUAAUCCCGGAUAAUUUCACCUACACCUUCGUUCUCAAAGCAUGUUCCCACAUGAAAGCUCUGAUUGAAGGUAAGCAAGUGCAUUGCCGGAUGAUAAAGGCCGGAAUAGCGCCUGAUACUCAUGUUCAUAGUUCGUUAAUAAACAUGUAUGCGAGCUCAGGUAGCAUAGCUUGUGCGGAACGCGUUCUUGGAGAGUUCAAAGAGGAGAACACGCUUGCGAUGAACGCCAUGAUUUCAGGGUAUCUAAGUAAAGGUCAUGUUGACAAGGCUAGAGCAAUGUUCGAAAAAAUGGCAGCAAAAGAUGUUGCCUCUUGGAGUGCAGUGAUAGCAGGAUAUAGAGAUAAUGCUAUGUAUAAAGAAGCAUUAAGCAUCUUCCAAGAAAUGGUGGCUUUUCGCGUUUCUCCGAAUGAAUCGGCCCUUGUGAGCUCUUUGUCUGCCUGUGGCCAUUUGGGAGCUUUGGACCAAGGAAUGUGGAUUCAUGCUUAUAUUGAUAAGAAUAAGGUUAAGCUUAGCAUUACUCUUGGUACUGCUCUAGUAGACAUGUAUGCAAAGUGUGGCUGCAUAGAGAGUUGCUAUAAAGUCUUCAGGAAAUUGCCUAAUAGAGAUGUGGUCACAUGGGGAGCUGUUAUUUCUGGCUUUGCCAAUCAUGGAAAACCUGAAAAAUGUUUUGAACUCUUCGGUGAGAUGGUUUCUGAAGGAGUUCGACCAAAUGAAGUCAUCUUUGUGGCAAUUUUAUCCGCAUGUUCUCGUGCUGGGUAUGUUGAAUUGGGGAGUCAAUAUUUCCACCAAAUGGUUAAUGAUUUUGGGAUUGUACCAUCAAUCGAACACUAUGGAUGCAUGGUUGAUCUCCUUGGCCGUGCGGGGCGGCUGGCAGAGGCAGAAGAGUUCAUCGUGGCAAUGCCAGAGAAGCCAAAUUCGAUAAUAUGGGGUGCGUUUCUUAGCGCUUGUAGGACACAUAAGGAUCCCAAGAGAGGGACGGUGGCAUUCAGGCACUUGAUGGAGCUCGAGCCAACAUCAGGUGACCGGUACAAACUUGCUGGGCUGAUGUUUGGCGGUGCAGGUGAAAGGGAAAAUGCGAGAGUAAUUACGAAAUUCAUUGACGAAAAUGAUUUGGAGAUGACUCGUGGAUCGAGCUUCAUUGAAAUCGAUGGCGUGGUUAAUGAGUUUGUGGCUGGUAGUAUCGAUCAUGAUAGGUGUAGAGAAAUCUAUAGCAUGUGUGGAGUAGGAAGUGAACAUGACACACAAUUAGGGCAUACAUUCUCGUGA